AUGCGAUGCAUCCAUGUACAUUUCGGGAUAACUGUACUGAUAACAAUUCUAGGAUGUUUGGAUGAUAGUAUUGUUGAAGGGAAAGAGUUACAGAGUCUUACCACAUAUGUUAGGGAAGAACAUCCCAACAUUCAUGUGAACAUCAGAGAAUCACUUAAAGAUACAAAUAAAACUUCAACCCAUCAUGUGGUAAAAAGAGGUUUCAGAAUAAGAAGAGCGGUAAGACGUAUAACCAGAGGUGUGUCAAGAGUUGUGUCAAAGGUCGUGUCCACGGUCGGAAAGGUGAUUUCUAAAGGUGUUAGUUUUAUAGGAAAGAUUGUUUGUUUCUUUUUCUGCAAAGGUGGUCCCCCACCAAACAAUCCUCCGUAUUUUACUUCUUGUUCUGGCCCUCCAGACCAGAUUGCACCAAUGGGUCAGACAAGUGUAUCUGUAACGUGGAGUGUACCAAGCGCAGUAGAUCGAGAGGACGGAGCACUAAUAGCAAAUUUGGUACAAGGUAAUACUCACGAUAGUCUAUUUGAACGUGGAACUCAUACAAUUAUAUACAAAGCCUCCGACAAAAAUGGAUUAACUGCUUAUUGCCAUUUCACUUUCAAAGUCUCAGUUAUUGCAUGUGAUCCAAUUCAAUGGCCAAUCAACGGAUUUGUAAGAUGUGAUAAACCUGUUUAUAUAUAUGGGAGCUACUGUACUAUUGGCUGUAACCAAGGCUACCAGAUGGUAUCUUCUGUCGCCGUAGAUCCUGAUCGUAUCAUGUGCGACAAAACGGUCGACAACAAACCAAUUUUGAAUAAAGCAAUACCAACUUGUAAAGAAAUAACAUGUGCUGCCAAUUCAUCGGCUCUUGAACCCUUAAACGGCGCUGCUGUGUGUACCCAUAGCAACCACAAAUACGACAGUUCCUGUGUAACACAAUGUAUCAGUGGAUACAGCCAGACUUCCGGCAUCAUAUUUUCUACCUGCCAAGAGGACACGACUUGGUCCACGGAUCUACCAGAUUGUAAAGACAGUGAGUCUCCUGAAAUUUCUAAUUGUCCGAGUAAUGUACACACUUACACGGAUAAAAACAGUCAAGCUACCGUGGUAACCUGGACAGAACCCACGGCAAUAGACAACUCAGGGCAGGCUACAGUUUCACAAAGCAAAGGACCAAUGCGUGGCUCCAGUUUCCGCCUUGGACUGACAGAGGUUAGAUACAAAGCAACUGAUGCUGCAGGAAACACCUCACCAGAAUGUAUUUUCUUUGUAAAUGUUGAAGAGAUUCGAUGUGAUCCACCAGUAAUUGCAGACAAGUACCUGUUUUACCAAUGCCCAGAUGGGUACAGUUACGGUUCCACGUGUGAAUUAAAAUGUAUGGGAAGCUUUCCUCUGAUUGGUAACGACACGAUCACGUGCGAGAGGAAUGACAGUUAUUCUCCUCCCCGUGGUUACUGGAAUAUGGGUGGCACUGAGCCAUUUUGCUCUAAAAACCCUUGUGACAAAUUACCUGCCCCAGAAAACGGUGCAAUGGUGUGUGAUACAUGGAUGUUUGGAAUGCAAUGUCAGAUGCAGUGUUCUGGUCAGUACGAUAUACCUUAUGGUACUGUUAGUUCCAAUGGAGCCCCUUUCACGGGAGUGUUCACAUGCUCAGAAUCCAAGGGAGAAUACACUCCAUCCAACACAGUUCCAGGAUGUACAGCUUUACGAAGACCACGCAGAACAACGGUACUUGGGGAUUUUUUCUACUACACCGGAGACUGCAACGACCCUACAGUGCUCGAAGAAAUUAAACAGAACUUCAUUGAUCAGAUGAAUUUCCUUGAAAAGAAUGGAUUUGGCGGUGUCUGUCCUUCUCAGAUCGAUUGCAAUAUUAAGAACACAGUAGUUACUUGUGGGGCAAUCACAGGGCGGAAAAAGCGAUGGAUAGAUAAUUUAUUAGACUUUUUCGUUCGAAAGAAAAGAAGUACACAUGAAAUAAGGGUGGAAAUAACCAUGGAAACAACUUGGUUUGAUUUCAAUUCAACUAGUGGAGCAACAUUUUACUUUUUAGAGGAAAUACAGAAAAAAAUUUUCAAUGAAAUUAAAGGAUCUGCGUCAGCUGGUAACUUGACAGUGAGAGGUUUAGCUCCAGACAUCAGUAGCUUUGCUCUUGGUUGGAGUGACCCCGACUGUCCUGUUGGUCACGCUAUCCGAUGGUCUACAUUGACAUGUGUACCUUGUGGACCUGGUACAUUUCUUGACAAUUCGGAUCCUAAUAACCUCGGAUGCAAAGACUGUCCAGUCGGAAAAUAUAAAGAGGCAGCUGAAGAUGUUUCUUGCACUAAGUGCCCUGUAGGAACAUCAACAUUGUACUCUGGAUCUCGGAACUCAUCGGAUUGUAUUGAUAUAUGCAGACCGGGAGAGUUUUCAUCCACAGGACUGGAACCGUGUCACCAGUGUCCAAUAUCGACUUACCAGGAGGAGGAGAUGUCGGUUAAUUGUACUCUGUGUCCACCAGAGAAAAUUACUGACUUCUCUGGAACAACAGGAGGGAAUAAUUGCUCAUACUAUGACAUUCAGUUGAAAACCCCGGAUGAUUUCAUUACAAUUGACGCCCCUUCAUCACAACAACGAUCAAUACUACUGUCCUCCUGGAUUCUUGUUCCAAACGAUACAGCUAGCUUUACAUUAUUUUCUUCAGAGUCAGCUAACUUCAAAGUUAAUAUAACCUACAAUGAUACAUUGUACAUCACAAUUAACAGUCUGCAUGUGACAUCUGCUGUGGCCUUUCAUUCAAACAUCUGGUCCCACUUGGCAGUUCAGAUUGAUUCGUCUACCCAGACAGCUGUUGUGUUCCAAAAUGGACUUCGACUGCAAGAGAUACCACUAACAUCAAUUAUAACCUCUGGUGAUACCCUAAUAGAUUCAUCAUCGAUAAUUACUUUAGGUUUAAACGAAAAUUCGUACAGCGGUUACCUCAUCUCUGGCUACCAGGUGAAAUUAACCGUUUUAUCCGACAUGGAAGUUGCUCAACUUGCCGGGGAAUGUCACGCGUUCGAGUCGAAUUCUUACAUCUCCAUGGACACUAUAAGGAACACCGUCAGUGGAAGAAAUUUGAUGAACACAGUUACUCCAAGCAUUUGUGACAACGUGAACCAGUGUAGUCCCAGUCCCUGUAAUGGACAUCCUUGUAAAGACGGAGUAAAUUCAUACACCUGUCACUGUACGGAUGGUUAUCAUGGAAAUAACUGUCAAUAUCGACCCGACUUUUGCUCAAAAUCGCCCUGCAAAAAUGGAGGGACGUGUUCCAACGCCGGAAGCAAUUUUACAUGUUUCUGCGUAAGUGGAUUUAAAGGUGACCGAUGUCAAGUAGAAAUAGUCAAUGGGGGUUGGAGUGAAUGGACAUCGUUCACGGAAUGCUCUGUGACGUGUGGUGGAGGAGUCCAGUCUAGGAGCAGAGUUUGUAAUAGUCCCUAUCCUGACUCGGAUGGUGCCCAAUGUGAUCCUUCUAGCGCUAACGAGUCUCAAACGUGCAACAUGCAGCCAUGUCCAAAAUGUGGUGCAUUGAGGAGGAGUUUUGGUAAUCAACUGAAUUGUUCUGUAACGGAUGAUGGACACGAUAUAUGUUCUGUCACCUGCAAUCAUGGCUACACUUUUGUCGAUGGGAAUGACGCACGAUCACAUUACAUAUGUGGACCAAAUACAACAUAUACAUGGGAUGGUCAGCCACCAGCCUGUGGAAGAGCAAAGAGCCCCCGAAGAAUAUCUAUCCUUUCAACAAUAAGUUAUGAUCCAGAGAUUCCAUGUAGUGAAGCAUCAGCGGCUGCAUCAAAAAUGAAAACUAAACUUGAGUCGUCGUUGUCGUGUUCACUGAACGGAACAUGCGCAGUUAAAGUGGAAAACCCAGGUUGCAUUCCAUCAGCUGGUCGUCGAAAACGCUCGACAUCCGGGGAACAAACUAUAACUUUAUCACAGACAUUCAUUUCUGGGGACAAUCUAAAUUUAGAAAUGUUUUAUUCCACAGAUAAUUUGAGCGAACCUUUGUAUAAUUUGCUUCUUGGAGUAUAUGAACUGGAGGCAUCGGCUGUAGAGAUGAACAGCAGUCACAGUGUUCUACAAUUUGAACUCAAUGGUGUAAAUUAUACAUCAAAAGCGGUUUCUACGUCUUCCCUCGUGGAUUGCCCGGAUGGUCAAGGCAGAAGUGAGGCUCUUUGUGCCGAUUGUCCAAUGGGAACAUACUCACAAUCCAGUGUAUGUGUAUUGUGUCCGGUUGGAACAUACCAAGAUGAAACCGAGCAAACAUUCUGUAAGGCUUGUCUCAGUGGUUUUACUACCAAGUACGAAGGAAGCAAAAAUGAAAGCGAUUGUUCAGAAGAAACCUCAACAACAGACAAAAGUACCUCUCAAUUUACUUCAACCUCAGCUUUCUCUGAAUCAACUGAAACUACAACAUCAGCUCAACAAACUUCAGUCACCAUGCAAGUGACCACAACAGCAUCUUCACAAAGCACAGCUUCUAUUUCAUCUACCUUCUCUCAAACUCAGGACCUGAAUCAGUAUUCAACUACACCAACAUCAUCACAAAGCCAAGCCUCUAUUUCUUCUCCCAACGUUCAAACCCAGGACCUGAAUCAGUAUACAACUACAUCAGGAUCAACACAAAGCCCAGCUUCUAUACUAUCUACCACCUCCCAUAUACAAGAUCUGAAUCAGUAUACAAAUGAAGAUAAAGAGAUGGAUCUCCUGUUGGUUACAGCAGUUCCGGUUCUCAUCACCUUCCUGAUCGUGUUUAGUACUCCGGACACGUUCUGCAUUACAUGCAAGAGGCAGUUGGGCAAGUUUAAGUAUGGUCAAGCCUCACUGUGUACAGACACCACCUCCGGUAUAUCCAGACCCUAUGCCCUACAAAACAAAACUUGA